AUGUUUACGGACGCCCUGGAGGUGUUGGCAGAGCACUGGGAGCUCUCUGGGAGGCAGGAUCAGAGUGUGGGCAUCAGGAGAGCAGCGUCGGUCCUGAAGAGUCUGUCCUGGACCAUCGAGAGCCUGAGCAGCACUGAGAGCCUGCCCUGUGUGGGAGGGCGCCCCCGGAGGCUCAUACAGGAAAUCCUUCAGUACGGCCGCUCGUCUGAAGUGGAGAAAAUCCUCGCUGAUGAGAGGUACCAGACGCUGAAGCUGUUCACGAGUGUCUUCGGCGUCGGAGCGAAGACUGCAGACAAGUGGUUCCAGCGAGGGCUCCGCACGCUCCCCCAAAUACAGACCCACCCCGGCAUCCAGCUCACCCGGAUGCAGCGGCACGGGUUCCUCCACCACCAGCACCUCUGCAGGGGGCUGAGCUCCGACGAGGCCCGGGCCGUGGAGGCUUUGAUCGGGGAGACUGUCCGCUGUGUGGACCCGAACGCUCGGAUCACUCUGACCGGAGGCUUUCGCAGGGGGAAAGAGUUUGGGCACGACGUGGACUUUAUUGUGACAACAGCAGCGGCGGGAGGAGAAAACAGCCUUCUACCGCUGAUAAUAGCAAGAUUACAGGAGCAGGUGAGAGCGCCGCUAAUGCAUUUACACUCGGGACGCCUCGCAGCUCACAACUGA